UUAUACAGUUUUAUAACAUUCAUAUCUGGAGGAAACACCUUAAAGUUAGGCAUAGGGUGAUUAUACUGUCAAUUAUGAAUAUCCGGUUUUCGUACGGGAAAAACAAACAUAUAAAAACUAUGCAGUGUACACACGGAGAGUAACAGAAGGAAUCGAAAGUUAAAUGGUGGAGUAAGGAAAACAUUCAAAAUGAUAAUCUGUAAAAACUGGGCAAUUGUCUUGCUUUUGUUAUUGAUAAUUUACUUGGACGAGGCAGGGGCAUACAGGAAGAGGACAGGCAGAAAAUCAAAAUGCGCAAAACCGAAAGAGGUGCAACAUGCAGUACUGAGAGAGAAAUACGCCAAUAAAGAAAAGUUUAAAGAAGGAGAUAAAGUAGAGUAUGAUUGUGAGCUUGGAUACACGAUAGAAGGUACAACAAGGGAAAGGUGGUGCAGAAAUACUAUUUGGACGGAAGUUCGCUUUACAUGCAAUCAAAUAACAUGUUCUUGGGUACCGCAUCCCGAUAACGGACGGCAUCUUGAUACCACUUACGCUGUAGGAGAUGUAAUGAAAUUUGAGUGUAACACCGGUUAUAAGUUAAAAGGGCGUGACAAAAUCCUGUGCAGGAUAGAUGGUCAAUGGAGUCCGCCACAGGGACCUACAUGUGACCCAAUACUAUGUCCAACUCUACCUGAGAUACAGCAUGGCAGUAUAUUCCAAGAUACAAGUGAUGGCCUUGCAAAUAACUAUGAAAGCGUUGCUGAAUACACCUGCGAUCGGCACUAUUACCUGAACGGCAAUACACAACUUAAAACAGUUAAAAGAACGUGUCAGUCUGAUGGAAAAUGGAGUGGCAAAGAACCAAUUUGUGAAGUGCCAAAAUGCAAUUUGAUAGAGGAUUUUUAUGGAGGUAGUGUAGAAUACUUUGGCAAAAGGGAUCUCUACUCGCAAGCAUUUUACAGUUGUGACGAAAAUUACUCUAUGAUACCAAGCAAUGUUCAGCAUUCUACGUGUGAAAAUAAUCUACGAUGGGAACCCCCACCUCCAAAGUGCUUCAAAAAAGUCGACAGAGAUGUUCCAAAUAAUGGGACUUUGAGGGGACGGAAACGAGGCAAAGUCUUGCACAAUGAAUCAUACAGGAUCUGCUGCAACAAAGGCUUUGAAGUUGAAAGAGAUGGCAUUGUACCAGUUUACAAGGACUCAUGUACAAAUACCCGGAACAACAAUGGCACACUGGAGCCGAGGGUGGAAUGUGUAGAAGAACGGUGUAACCCAAUCGACUUAGAUAAUGCUGAUGCAGAAUACGAAAACAAAACUAAAGUAGAUCAAACUACAAAAAUCAAAAGUGGAACAUAUAUUUAUGUCUCCUGUUGGCAUGGUUUUGCAUUUUACGAUGACAACGGCCAAGCUCUUGAAACUUCACAGAAAUUACAGUGUAUAAAGGGAACGAUUGAAGAUGCUCCGAAAUGCCAAGAAGGACGAUGUGAUCCAAACGACUUGGACAAGGCUUAUGCAGAAUAUGAAAACAAAACCAAAGUAGAACUGUCAACAAAAAUCCAGAGUAGAACAAAUAUUAAUAUUUUCUGUCAACAUGGUUUUGCGUUUUACGAUGAAAACGGCCAAGGUACAGAAACUUCGCAGAAAAGGCAGUGUAUAAUGGGAACGAUUGUAGAUGCUCCGAAAUGCCAAGAAGCCAAAUGUUCGCUCGUUGGAUAUCCGACCAACCCAGACACUUACUACUAUAAUCACGUUUUGAGGGCAACAAUUCAAGCUAAAGUUGAUUAUAUUAAUUCAAGACAUCAAAUUGAGGUGCGUUGUAACAAUACAAAGCAAUACGAAUUGUAUGCUAAGGAUUCAAAGAAAUACAUUAGAAGAUUUAUGGCCAGAUGUGAAAAAGGAAAGUUUAAGAAGGCAAAAAACCAGUUCCCAGUGUGUUUUGAAAGAAGAUGUGUUUUCGAGCCAUCAAAGGUACAAGGAGCAUGCUUUGUAAUAGAUGAUGAAAGAAAUUGUGAACGUAAACAAAUUAAAUUACGUAGUAGAUCUUCCAUACAUAUACAAUGUGAAAAGGGAUACACGUUGUUUGUGUCAGGGAAAGAAGUAAAAGAUCGGGGGGAAAUAACCUGCGUUAAAGGAAGCUAUCCUGAUUUCAAUUGUACUGCAAAUGACUGUACAGCUCCAGAAGUUAAUAACACAGAGUCACUGUCUGAAAUUGUUUUUAAACAUGAAGAAAAGGUUACAUAUAAGUGCAAAGAAGGGUAUUGGUUCAGUAAGAGUAAAUUAGAAAAACAAGAAGUACUUUCUUUUGAGAGUAAAUGCCAUCUCGGUAAUUGGACAACCCAUAUUCCAGAAUCAUGUGAACCAGUUGCUUGCUAUCUUAAAGUACUUGCCGGGAACGAGUACAGCAUUUAUGGCACCGAGAACGUUAUCGUAAACGAUUCUUUCCAAGAUAACGGUACAAGUAUUGGUGUAAGAUGCAAGGACGGAUUUGACUUAUAUGAUGAUGCAGACACAUUGAUUAAAAAUACAACCUUUGUACCUGAAGUCACAUGCCAUGUUGGAAAAUGGUCAAAUAUACACUGGUGCAAAAAACGAUGUAACAUACCGACCAGAUUAAAUAUCCAGUUCAGCAAAGAUGGAGAAAACCUUACUAUAAAUGACACAAUUAAACAUAUGGAAAGUGUAAAUAUUAUCUGUACCGGCGAACAUCGAAUCUCCAGUUCAAUCAUUAAAUGUGUAAAUGGUAUAUUUGAUCCAUAUGGCGACUGUACCUCUGACAAUGAUUCCAAAUCACACAUAUCUACGUCAACUUUGUCUACAGCUUCCACGAAUAAUAUAAACACUCAACAACAAAAUGAAAAUGAGGCUCCCGAUGAUAACCUUACUGAAAUGGAAGAUUAUAGCGAUGGAAUUGAAGAUCACAGCAACAGUUCAGAAGGAUGCAAACUUUCUGACGACGAACGAUACACGUAUUGGAACACGAACGGAGAUGAAAUCAAACCGGGAGAUAAUAUUGUUGCUGGGGACAUAUUGACGGUGAAAUGCAGAUUCAUUGACAUGUACACAUUCAUGACGUAUGACUACGAUUACUACAAUGAUACUGAUACGACUGCUGAUAAUAUACCAAAUUCUGAUGAUAUAACAAUUUUUUGCAAGAAUGAUCAUUCAAUGACAAAAAUAACAAAAGAAUGUUAUGAUGCGACGAAAGAUAAAAGCUGUCUGCAGAUUGAUAACGGAAAUGUAAUUAUAUCAAACAGCUACUACGUUGUGUCCUGUGAUAAGGGAUUCUCAUUAGAUAUUUUUGAGCCAGAGGAAAAAAGGAGCAAUUGUAUUGACGGUAAAUUAAAAAGUGUAAUCGGAGGUCAGGAACCAGAAUGUAUACCAGAUCGUUGUAAAGUACCAUAUGACUAUGACACACUCCUGUCAAUAUCUGACAGAUCUCAUGUUAGUCUCUCUGGAGGCUCUGUUGUUGCGGUGGGGGACUUUGUUUACUUCAACUGUUCAAAGACAGGAAAUGAUAUGCACGAACCUGUAAACAGAAGAUUCAAGUGUAUAAACGGCCAGUGGAUUGAGGAUGAACGAGAUAAAUCAUGGAAGUUUGGAAAUAACGGGACUUUCCCGAAAUGUAGAAAAACAAUGUGUGAACCGGAGUGUGAAAAUGGAGGUGUUUGUGUGAGGGAUGGUGAAUGUAAAUGCAAGCAUUUUACAUCAGGAAAACAUUGUGAAAACGUUCUAUGUGAUGAUAAAUGCAAAUCUAAUAACGGUGAAUGCGUUGGUCCUGGCAAAUGUAGAUGCCCGGAGGGGAAAUUCGGAACUAACUGUGAACAUAGUUCCUGUAGACUUCCUGAAAUUGAAAAUAUGGCAAAGUUAAACACUCCAAGAACUUAUUAUGAUAUUGGCGAAACAGUUCGCGGUUUCACGUGUAGUCCUGGAUAUUUUUUAUCAUCCGAUAAGGGAAUGACAUGCCAGAAUAAUGGAACAUGGUCCGAUGUUAUAACGUGUGUAAAAGGUAUAAGAUAUCUAAUCAGUGCGAAAACAGGAACACGUCCGGGUGCUGGUACAAAUGCUAAUGUAUACAUCACUUUGUCCGGAUCUGGAGGAAGUACAAGAAUAAUAGACUUUAAGGGAGGCUUUGAAUCUGGCGAUGUCGAUGAGAUAAGAGAAUUGGCUAAAGACAUACGUCCCAUACAUAAAGUACAGAUUGGACAUGAUGGUGGAAGCUGGCAUGAUAUAUUAUUAUCUGAUUGGGACCUGGAAUAUGUAUCAAUUUAUGUUGAAAAUAUGGAAGAGUUUUAUGUUUUUAGAAAUAAUCGGAAACAAUGGGUGGAGAAAGACAAUGUUCUGACUUUGUACAGGGAAGGAAAUAAAGCAUGCAUCAACUCGUUUGAUAAUGGACAUUUGUGGUAUCUUGACUGGGAGGAGCAGCAGCAUAUACCAAUUGGGAACAUGUCGCUUCGAACAUGUAAACAAACAUGCGUUAACUGGAAGGAUGAAGCAACACACGAAAAAUGUCUAUCAGUGUAUUAUGAUCAUCUCCAUACAGCAUGCUAUGGUUUCACCUUUUCCGACAGAUUCGAUCCCAUGGUAGAUAGGGAUUGGCGUGGAAAAGUAUAUUUAAGAACAUGUAAAAAUAACAACACAGUCUAAAGGAAAAAAAUAGAUAGAGUUCAAUCAGAUAAUUGUACUGAUUGAUAUUAAUGUUAAUGUUCAAUAACUGAUAUCAAUAUAUUUUCUAUUACUGUUAAUGUUAUAAAAAUGACACUACAGAGGGUUAUAUCCCCGGGAGAUGCUUUGGUAAUUUAGCGCGGAGGAAGGUAGUCUAGUACUGGUGUUACUCUCCAGGAACGAUACCCGCCUAUAUGACUGAAAUACUGUUGAGAAAAGACGUAAAAUAAAACAAA